AUGGCCCCCAACGCUAUUUCGAUGGAUAUCCUUACUCCCAAGGAGAAAAACCGACUGAGAAAACCGGUGGUGGAGAAGAUGCGCCGGGACCGGAUCAACAGCAGCAUCGAACAGCUGAAACUCUUGCUGGAGAAGGAGUUCCAGAGACACCAGCCCAACUCCAAGCUGGAGAAGGCUGACAUCCUGGAGAUGACCGUCAGCUACCUGAAGCACAGUAAAGCUUUUGCAUCCUGUCCCAAGACCUUGCAACAGGACUACAGCGAGGGCUACUCUUGGUGCCUCAAAGAGGCGGUCCAGUUUUUGACCUUGCACUCGGCCAACACAGACACCCAGAUGAAGCUGCUUUAUCACUUCCAGAGACCGCAGGCAUCCCUGACUACUCUUCAAGACUUGAAGCCACCUUCCUCGUCUCCCUUGCCCCCUGCUGCCUUGACCAAGCCACCACCUCGACAGUCACCUUCUGGCAGUAACCUCUGGCGACCCUGGUAG